AUGUAUUUUCGUCAGAUUUUGCGGACACAGUUAAUUGGAACCAGACUUUCUCACCUGAACCGUUUGCACCGCGUUUGUCGAGCCGAGGUACCUGCUCUAAUGACCAAAAUGAUCCUUUUAAACAUUUUAUUUUCAUUAACAACUGCAGGAAAUGUUGACAACUGCCCUACCAGCCUUGGUGGUGGCUGUGGGAAACCUGCUGCAUCCCACCACCGAGAGGUUUGGUUCACUGUGUCCCUCAUAAGUUGUGUUGUUUGGUGACAGUAGUGAGCUUGGAGCACAGAGCUCCUGUUUACCUCCAUGUUAACUCACUCUGUGUCAUGUGUGACUGAUCCACAGAGACCACUGUGCACCAAAAGUGACGAGGUGAGACUGGCAGAGGAGGCCAGCAAGAAAUAUGGCUCCCCAGCUCCAACCAUCUUUUCCAAAGUGAUUGACAAAAGCAUCCCUGCAGAUAUCAUUUAUGAAGAUGAGAAGGUAAACAAGCAUCUUCAAAACAUAUUCUGGUUAUCUCAUUUGAGUUUAUCCACGUGGCGUCCAGGGAUAAUGUGCCUGAACACGUCAGAAUGCAGAUAAAUUGUGUUAAAUUGAGAUUGUGCAACCAAAUACUCAUUGAUAUAUGUUGUUUUGUGUGUUUUCCAGUGUUUAGCGUUCAGAGAUAUCAGCCCACAGGCCCCUGUUCAUUUCUUGGUUAUCCCUAGAGUUCCCAUUCCCGGAAUAAGCGAGGCCAAAGAUGAUGAUGCUGAGGUAUGAUUAUCCAUUAAAAUCUGCAUGUAACACAUGGCUAUCAAUUGUAAGAUAUUUAUACUUUAUUUCUACCUACAAGAGCACUGAUAUAAUCUGACAUAAAUGUUUGAUAAAGCUUAAACACACCAUAACACCGAGUUAGACACCCCCUGGAGAGAUGAAUGUUGCCAACCACUUUCUUCCCUAGUUAUACUAACUUUAGUAACGAUCACACGAUAGCAAUACACAGUGGUCUCAGGCACCAAGCCUCAACCAAAAAGCCACUCUGUAGCCACAUUACUUAAUAAUUUCCUUGAAGUAAUAUUUAUCAUAUUAAUCAUUUUGCACUGCAGACGUGGUAGUUCUUCUGCGGUCUGAUUGCAUUUCCAUGAAGAAAUGAUCAUAAAUGUUCUUUCUUGAGCUGCGUCACCCCGUAGCAGGUCUCGCUACAAACAAACAGCUGCUAGAAGAGAGUAGGUGAGUUGUGUUUAGUCUCUUUGCUAAAGAAACGAGUCAAAGCUAAAAAGAUGUUUGGUGGCUAGUCCUAUGGCUGGGACCCUAUAUGUACUGUUGAUGAAGUUAGGUGCUGUUCUGAGCAUUAUUUGUGGCUAUGGAGUGGCGUUUUUGUUGAGGUUUGUGUGUGGUUCUAUAGACUGCUGUGUAUUGCUAUCAUGCGGUUGUUACUAAAGUUGGUAUAACUAGAGGAGCAAGCAGUUGGCAACAUUCAUCUCUCGAGGGGGUGUCUAACUCUGUGUUGAGGUGUGUUUGACCCUAAAUUAAUUUUACACCGGAAUAUCCCUUUAACUACUAUAAUUUUAAAGGAGAUCUAUGGGGUACGCCAUUGAACAAUAUCAAAAUUCUAUGUCCCAUCCCUCAGUUAACUACUGAUGUCAGAAAUAAUACCAUUCCAAAUACCUGAUAUUCUAAAAACUCUCAAAAAAUUUUGAUCUGAGUUCAAAUCCUCCAUCAUAAUUUUCCCAGCUGUACUUUGUGAAGUCUUUGCACCAAACUUUGGGAACUUUAGUCGUCAGUUUUAAAUAAUUCUCUUCAACUGUUGAAUCAAUCAAAUACUGAAGUAAAAUGUAUGUGGCUUUAAGUGUCCCCUAAAUAAACUUCAAUAAUUAAAGGGUGAUCUAAGAGGCCUGACUCUGAGCUACUAUGCAGAAUAUAGCCCCAGACCAGACAUAGACAAACAUACAGUAUGUGGACAGGUAUGUCAAUGUACUUCAGGCCAUCAUAUAGUAAUGUGUACCUGCAAACUUCAAAAUCCUCAAACAAACACUGGUGGGACAUGUAAACUCCUCCCAGCUUACCCCCAGGUUCAGACCCCUGCAGGACCAGUCCUUGUGUGCAGAGAGCGUGUUUGCUGUCACUGUCUCAGUGUGCUGCCUGAAGGACAUGUUCACACUCGUACAGCAUCACUCUGAAACAAAAUUGUGCCUAGUAAAGAGCUUUUAGGGUUAAACCAACUAAAGCUUUUGAUUCGAUCAUGCUGGGGUGUCACUGUGUAUAUGUGUCCUGAGGAGUGUCGCUUUAUUUAGGAUGUUGUUUUUUCCCUUAUCUGUUUUUUGUUUUAACUGAGUAAAUAGUUUAUCUAAUACGAUUAUUAUAUUAAAAUGUAGCUUGAAGACAUUGAAAUCAAAACCAGUAUUAUCUGGGUUAUCACUACUUUGUCUCUUGUUCACUUAUCAUAUUUAUGGUCAUUCCAGCUCUUAGGACAUUUAUUGGUUGUUGCCAAAAAUUUGGCAAAGCAAGAAUCUCUAAGUGAAGGAUACAGAGUGGGUAAGUUCUGUCUUUGUUAAGUUGAUAACAUUUAUGCACCUUUACUGUAGUUUUAGAAGAGAAGUUGAGAUAUUGAGUUCUGGAUAUGUUUUUACCCUCUUUAGUGAUCAAUGAUGGAAAACAUGGAGCUCAGUCUGUUUACCAUCUUCACAUCCACGUCCUGGGAGGAAGACAGAUGAAAUGGCCACCAGGAUAA